AUGUAUGACCCUCUGUCUGACUAUAAUCCUCCACAAGUGAAUAUUCAUACUCAAUCCCAGUUGAUGCCAUUGACCAAUCCUGAUGUUGAAAGGCUUCAUGCCCUUGAGGAGAGAGUCCGAGCAAUGGAUGUGAAUGACAAUUUUAGGCUUGAUAUGUGCUUAGUACCAGGCCUAACAAUCCCCCCGAAAUUCAAAUUACCCAACUUCGAGAAGUACAAAGGGGAUAGUUGUCCGAGGAACCAUUUGGUGAUGUUCUUCCAAAAAAUGGCAUCACAUACUCACGAUGACAAGCUGAUGAUUCACUGUUUUCAAGACAGUUUGAUGGGAGCAUCAUUGAGCUGGUAUAUGAAAUUGAAAAGAAGCCAUAUUCAGUCAUGGGAAGACUUAGCCAAUGCUUUUUUGAAGCAGUACAACUACAACUUGGACAUGGCUCCAGACCGAAGGCAGCUACAAAGCUUAUCCCAAAAGAGCAACGAAUCUUUCAAAGGAUAUGCACAACGAUGGAGAGAAUUGGCAGCCCAAGUGCAACCACCACUCUUGGAUAAGGAAUUGGUUGACUUGUUUAUGGAUACCUUGCAGAGUCCUUACUUUGAAAGGAUGGUAGGCAAUGCGUUAUCAGACUUCGCCCACUUAGUGACAAUUGGAGAACGCAUCGAGAGUGCCCUAAAAAGCGAAAGAAUUCAAGGCGCCUCGAGCGACCAAGCUAGCGAGACAGGAUCCCUCAGCAAUUCCCAAAAGGAAGAAGAGGAUGAAACCAAUGCAGUCAUAACAGAUGUCAUGCAACCAGCAACGCCGAGAGCACCAUACCAGCAACCAUGA